AUGAUUGUAACCCCCCGUUUCCAUUUGCUCGAACUGGGUGAUCAGACUUGGUGUCCAGAAUGGUUACGCGAAUACUCGCACCUAGCGCGCAUUAAAAUAUGGAAAACGCGAAUCCCCGGCACAAAGGGCUCGCCCGCGUUGCAGGCCUGCGAUAUCCUGCUGCGCCAUCUGCCGGAUAUUGGCUCCUACACCAUGAUUGACUCUUGUGCGGGCGGCGGGGGCCCCAUCACCAUUUUCGAGGACACUCCCAACGCUUGGCUUGCAGCCCGCCAUGAGCAGCCAGUGCGAUUUAUCCUGACUGACCUGUACCCGUCCUUGAGCAAGCGGGCCGCCAUGGCCCGCCAGAGCUCGAAUAUCUCCUACAUCGCGCAGCCUGUGGACGCGACCCAGGCCCGCCGGCUGGCAGAGCCUGGCAAGAAGGAAUGCCGCCUGUUCAAUCUUUGUUUCCAUCACUUUGACGACCCAGCGGCGGCGAAGGUGCUGAGAAGUGCGAUCCAAUCCUCGGAUGCGUUUGUGUAA